AUUUGGUCAAACGACACCACCACUUGUGGACUUCCUCAAGGACAUCUUGAGACGGUACCCAGAAGGAGGGCAGAUUCUGAAGGAAUUAAUUCAGAAUGCAGAAGAUGCUGGGGCCACAGAAGUUAAGUUCUUGUACGAUGAGACUCAGUAUGGAACACAGACUCUUUGGUCGAAAGACAUGGCACAAUAUCAGGGGCCUGCUCUCUAUGUGUACAACAACGCGGUGUUCACCCCGGAAGACUGGCAUGGCAUUCAGGAAAUAGCGCGGAGCAGGAAGAAGGAUGACCCUUUGAAGGUUGGAAGAUUUGGAAUUGGCUUCAAUUCUGUCUAUCAUAUAACAGAUGUUCCUUGCAUCUUUAGUGGUGACCAGAUUGGCAUGUUAGAUCCUCAUCAGACACUUUUUGGUCCACACGAAUCAGGCCAGUGUUGGAAUCUAAGAGAUGACAGCAAAGAAAUUAGCGAGCUUUCAGACCAGUUUGCGCCGUUUAUUGGCCUUUUUGGAAGCACCAAGGAGACGUUUGUGAAGGGCAGCUUCCCCGGGACGUUCUUCCGUUUCCCGCUUCGGCGGCAGCCCUCCCAACUUAGCGGGACCCUCUACAACAAGCAGAAGGUCCUGGAGCUGUUCGAGUCCUUCCAGGCAGACGCGGACACGGUGCUGCUCUUCCUGAAGAGUGUGCAGGGCGUGUCCCUGCAUGUCCGCGAGGCCGACGGCUCGGAGAAGCUGGUCUUCAGAGUGACGGCCCGCGAGCCGGCAGCGCCGGCGCCAGAGCGGCCCGGGGCGGUGGAGGCGCUGGGGGCCGCCCUCAGUGACUACUGUGAGCGAGUGCCCAGCGGCGGCGUCACGUGCGUCACGUACCCCGUGAGCAUCUUCCUGGAGGACGGGGGCACCCAGGGCUCCCGGGAAACGUCUUGGCUGGUGUGCAACAGCGUGGGCGGCCGGGGCCUGAGCCCGCAGCUGGACGCGCUGGCCGACGAGCUGCGCUUCGUCCCAGUCAUCGGCAUCGCCACGCCCCUGCCGGGGCCGGCCGAGGAGGACGGGGCCGGAGGCGCGGCUGCUGGGUUCUCAGGAAAAGCCUUCUGCUUCCUCCCGUUACCGCCGGGCGAGGAGAGCCGGACUGGGCUCCCGGUCCACGUCAGCGGCUUCUUCGGCCUGACAGACAACCGCAGGAGCAUCAAGUGGCGGGAGCUGGACCAGUGGAGGGACCCGGCCGCCGUGUGGAACGAGCUGCUUGUGCUGACCGUGGUGCCCAGGGCCUACGCCGCCCUCAUCCUUGACGCCAUUGCCCGCCUGCGGGCCGGCUGCAGCCCUGGGCUGCCGCUCUCGGUGGCCGCGGUCUAUGGGCUGUGGCCGGAUGCUGAGCGGGUCAAGCUGCCCUGGCGGCCUGCGCUGGAGCCGCUGUUCCAGGAGCUCUUCCAGCACGCGGUGCUGCCCUCCCUGGGCGGCCACUGGGUCCCCCUGGAGCAGGCAUGCUUCUCGGAUCUGGACGAGGGCCUGGACUACGCCCCGGCCGUCCUCUGCUUCCUGCAGCGCUCGGGGAGGCAGGUGGUCCGGGCCCCGGCCCACCUGGCUGCCGCCGCCCAGCUCGUGGCCUCCAGCGCUGGGCCGCUGACCCAGGUGACGCCUGCGUGGACCCGGCAGGUGCUGCGGAAGGCGGGCCUGGGCGGUGCCGGUGCGCCUGAGAGGCUGCACCUGCUGGAGUUCGUGCUCUCCGACCAGGCCUACGGCGAGCUGCUGGGGCUGGAGCUGCUGCCGCUGCAGAGCGGGGCCUUUGUCCCCUUCUCCUCGUCCGUGUGCGACCAGGACGUGGUCUACAUCGCCUCGGAGGAGCACCCCAGGUCCCUUUUCCCAGGUCUUGAAGGACGAUUUCUUUUGGAUAACUUGAAGCCUCACCUUCUAGCUGCUUUAAAGGAAGCUGCCCAAACCCGAGGAAGACCCUGCACUCAGCUUCAGCUCCUGAAUCCAGAACGCUUUGCACGUCUUAUCAAAGAAGUAAUGAACACAUUCUGGCCUGGCAGAGAGUUGAUUGUCCAGUGGUACCCAUGCGAUGAAGACAGAAAGCACCCGUCUGUUUCAUGGCUUAGGAUGGUGUGGAAGCAUCUCUACGUACAUUUUUCAGAGGAUCUGACUUUAUUUGAUGAGAUGCCGCUCAUUCCCAGGACCCCACUAGAAGAAGGGCAGACAUGUGUGGAGCUCAUCAGACUCAGGGCUCCUUCAUUAGUCAUUUUAGACGAUGAGUCUGAAGCACAGCUUCCAGAAUUUUUAGCGGACGUGGUACAGAAGCUUGGAGGGAUUGUCCUUAAAAAAUUAGAUGCCUCCAUACAGCACCCGCUUAUUAAAAAAUAUAUCCACCUGCCCUCGCCGAGUGCUGUGCUGCACAUCAUGGAGAAGAUGCCUCUGCAGAAGCUGUGUAACCAGGUCGCGUCGCUGCUUCCAACGCACAAAGACGCCCUGCGCAAGUUCUUGGCCAACUUGACUGAGAGCAGUGAGAAAGAGAAGAGAAUAAUUCAGGAGCUGACAAUAUUCAAGCGCAUCAACCAUUCAUCCAGCCAGGGGCUGUCCUCUUACACCAGGCUGAAGGGCUGCAGGGUCCUGCACCCUGCGGCCACACUCCCAGCCGGCCUGCGGCUCUCCAUCUCGGUGGUAGACAGCAGUGAUGAGGCCACUGUCCGUCUGGCGAACCUGUUGAAGGUGGAGAAGGUCAGGACCACCAGCUGCUUGAAGCUCAUCUUAAAAGACAUCGAAAGUACAUUUUACUCUCAAGAAGAGGUGACACAUCUUGUGCUAUGGGUCCUUGAGAACCUGUCCUCUCUCAAAAGUGAGAACCCAAAUGUGCUUGAUUGGUUAAUGCCACUGAAGUUUAUUCAGCUCCUGCCAGGGCGGCUGGUGAUGGCUAGCGAACUCUUUGACCCUGACGUGGAGGUGUUGAAGGACCUCUUCUAUGACGAAGAGGAAGCUUGUUUCCCACCCUCGGCCUUUACCUCCCCAGACAUCCUUCACUCCUUAAGACAGAUUGGUCUGAAAAAUGAAGCCAGUCUCAAAGAGAAAGAUGUUGUACAAGUGGCUAAAAAAAUUGAAGCCUUACAGGCCAGUUCUUGUCCAAAUCAGGACACUCUCCUGAAGAAAGCCAGGACACUCUUGCUGGUUUUAAAUAAGAACCCUGCCCUGCUGCACUCAUGUGAAGGGAAGGCGGCCCUAAAGAAGAUAAAAUGGGUUCCAGCUUGCAAGGAAAGGCCCCCGAACUAUCCAGGCUCCUUAGUCUGGAAAGGCGACCUCUGUGAGCUCUGUGCACCCCCCGACAUGUGUGAUGCAGCCCAUGCCAUCCUGGUUGGCUCUUCACUUCCCCUCGUGGAGAGUGUCCAUGUAAACUUGGAGAAAGCUUUAGGCAUCCUCACAAAACCUGGUAUCAACGCUGUCUUAAAGCACUUUAAGAUCGUUGUGGAUUGGUAUACAUCAAAGACCUUUAGUGAUGAAGACUACUACCAAUUCCAACAUAUUUUGCUUGAAAUUUAUGGAUUCAUGCAUGAUCAUUUAAAUGAAGGGAAAGAUGCUUUCAGAGCCUUAAAAUUUCCAUGGGUUUGGACUGGCAAAAAGUUCUGUCCUCUUGCCCAAGCUGUGAUAAAACCAUUCCAUGAUCUUGACCUUCAGCCUUAUUUGCAUAGUGUGCCUAAAACCAUGGCAAAGUUCCACCAGCUGUUUAAGGCUUGUGGUUCAAUAGAGGAGUUGACAGCAGAUCAUAUUUCUAUGGUCAUUCAGAAGGUGUAUCUCAAAAGUGACCAAGACCUCAGUGACCAGGAAAGCAAACAGAAUCUUCAUCUUAUGUUGAACAUUAUCAGGUGGCUUUACAGCAAUCAGAUUCCAGCAAGUCCCAACACUCCGGUUCCUAUACAUCAUAGCAAGAACCCUUCCAAGCUUAUCAUGAAGCCAAUUCAUGAGUGCUGCUACUGUGACAUCAAAGUUGAUGACCUGAAUGACUUACUGGAAGAUUCUGUGGAGCCGAUCAUUUUGGUGCAUGAGGACAUACCCAUGAAAACCGCUGAGUGGCUGAAAGUCCCAUGCCUCAGUACAAGACUAAUUAACCCCGAGAACAUGGGCUUUGAGCAGUCAGGACAACGAGAACCACUGACGGUAAGGAUCAAAAACAUUCUGGAAGAGUACCCAUCAGUGUCAGAUAUCUUUAAAGAGCUUCUUCAAAACGCUGAUGAUGCAAAUGCAACAGAAUGCAGCUUCAUGAUUGACAUGAGAAGAAACAUGGACAUCCGAGAGAAUCUCCUGGACCCGGGGAUGGCGGCGUGCCACGGGCCGGCUCUAUGGUCGUUCAACAACUCCCAGUUCUCGGAUUCAGACUUCGUGAACAUAACCAGGCUUGGGGAAUCUCUGAAGAGGGCCGAAGUUGACAAGGUUGGGAAGUUUGGUCUUGGGUUCAACUCUGUGUACCACAUCACUGACAUCCCUGUCAUUAUGAGCCGAGAGUUCAUGAUAAUGUUUGACCCGAACAUCAACCACAUUAGCAAGCACAUUAAAGACAGGUCUAACCCUGGGAUCAAAAUCAACUGGAGCAAACAGCAGAAGAGACUCAGGAAGUUUCCUAAUCAGUUCAAACCAUUCAUGAAUGUGUUUGACUGUCAAUUGCCCCUGACGGUGGAGGCACCCUACAGUUAUAGCGGGACUCUGUUCCGACUGUCCUUCAGAACCCAGCAGGAAGCCAAAGUGAGCGAGGUCAGCAGCACCUGCUACAACACAGCAGACAUCUACUCUCUGGUGGACGAGUUUAGUCUCUGUGGACACAGGCUCAUCAUUUUCACUCAGAAUGUAACCUCCAUGUACUUGAAGUACCUAAAGAUUGAGGAGACCAAUCCUAGUUUAGCACAGGACACAAUAAUCAUAAAAAAAAAAUCAUGCUCCUCCAAAGCGCUGACUGCACCCGUCAUCAGCGUUCUAAAAGAAGCCGCUAAGCUCAUGAAGACUUGUGGCACCAGUAACAAAAAGCUCCCCGCCGAGGCCCCCAAGUCAUCUUGUAUCCUGCAAAUCACAGUGGAGGAAUUUCACCACGUGUUCCGAAGGAUUGCAGACUUACAGUCACCACUCUUCAGAGGUCCAGAAGACGACCCAGCUACUCUCUUUGAAAUGGCUAAAGCAGGCCAAUCCAAAAAGCCGUCAGAUGAGCUGCCCCAGAAAACCGUGGAUUGUACCACGUGGUUGAUCUGUACCUGCAUGGACACGGGGGAGGCGCUCAAGUUCUCCCUGAGUGAGAGCGGGAGAAGGUUGGGCCUGGUCCCAUGUGGGGCUGUGGCGGUUCUCCUUGCUGAAGUCCAGGACCAGAAGUGGGCCGUACGGCCACAGGCCGGAGAAGUGUUCUGCUAUUUACCUCUGCGGAUAAAGACGGGAUUGCCAGUUCACAUCAAUGGGUGCUUCGCUGUUACUUCAAACAGGAAAGAGAUCUGGAAGACAGACACGAAGGGGCGCUGGAACACCACCUUCAUGAGGCACGUGGUCGUGAAAGCGUACCUGGAGGCUCUCAGCGUGUUGCGUGAGCUAGCUGCCAGCGGGGAGCUGACGGACUACACUUACCACACUGUGUGGCCUGACCCCGACCUAGUGCACGACGACUUUUCUGUCAUCUGCCAAGGGUUUUAUGAAGACAUCGCCCAUGGGAAAGGGAAGGACUUGACGAGGGUCUUCUCCGACGGGUCUAUGUGGGUCUCCAUGAAGAACGUGAGAUUUCUGGAUGACUCCAUACUUAAAAGAAGAGAUGUUGGUCCAGCCGCCUUCAAGAUAUUUUUGAAAUACCUCAAGAAGACGGGGUCGAAAAACCUUUGUGCUGUUGAACUUCCUUCUUCGGUAAAGCUAGGAUUUGAAGAAGCUGGCUGCAAACAGAUCCUGCUGGAAAAUACAUUUUCAGAGAGACAGUUUUUUUCAGAAGUGUUUUUCCCAAAUAUUCAAGAAAUUGAAGCAGAACUCAGAGAUCCUUUAAUGAAUUUUGUCCUAAACGAGAAAGUUGAUGAGUUCUCGGGGAUCCUCCGUGUUACCCCAUGUAUCCCCUGCUCUUUGGAGGGGCAUCCUCUGGUUUUACCAUCAAGAUUAAUCCACCCUGAAGGACGUGUCGCUAAGUUAUUUGAUACUAAAGACGGACGAUUUCCUUAUGGUUCCACUCAGGACUAUCUAAACCCUAUUAUUCUGAUCAAACUAGUCCAGCUAGGUAUGGCAAAGGAUGAUAUUUUGUGGGAUGACAUGCUGGAGCGUGCAGAGUCAGUAGCUGAAAUUAAUAAAAGUGAUCACAGUGCUGCUUGUCUACGAAGUAGCAUCCUGUUAAGUCUUAUUGAUGAAAAACUGAAAAUAAGGGAUCCAAGAGCAAAGGAUUUUGCUGCAAAAUAUCAAACAAUCCCUUUCCUCCCAUUUCUGACGAAGCCGGCAGGUUUCUCUUUGGAUUGGAAAGGCAACAGCUUUAAGCCCGAAACCAUGUUUGCAGCAACUGACCUCUAUAUAGCGGAGCACCAGGAUAUAGUCUGUCUUUUGCAACCAAUUCUAAACGAAAAUUCUCAUUCCUUCAGAGGCUGUGGGUCUGUGCCCUUGGCAGUGAAGGAGUUUCUGGGUUUGCUCCGGAAGCCCACAGUUGAGCUGGUUGUAAACCAGCUGAGAGAAGUUGCAAAGUCAGUUGACGAUGGGAUCACGUUAUACCAGGAGAACAUCACCAAUGCUUGCUACAAAUACCUCCAUGAAGCAAUGAUGCAGAGUGACAGCACCAAGACGGCAGUCACUGAAAAGCUGAAAACCUUUAACUUCAUUCUAGUUGAGAAUGCGUAUGUCAACUCAGAAAAAGUGGCUUUUCAUUUAAAUUUUGAAGCAGCCCCAUACCUUUAUCAGUUGCCUAAUAAAUAUAAAAAUAAUUUCCGUGAACUUUUUGAAAGUGUGGGUGUGAGGCAGUCUUUCACUGUGGAAGAUUUUGCCCUCGUUUUGCAAUCCAUAGCUCAAGAAAAAGAAACCAAACAAGUAACAGAAGAGAAUUUUCAGCUCUGCCGGCGAAUAAUCAGUGAGGGGAUAUGGAGUCUCAUUAGAGAAAAGAAACAAGAAUUUUGUGAGAGAAAUUAUGGCCACAUAUUAUUGCCGGAUACUAACCUUAAGCUUCUCCCUGCGAAGUCUCUGUGCUAUAAUGACUGUCCCUGGAUAAAAGUGAAGGACACCACUGUCAAGUACUGUCAUGCAGACAUACCCAGGGAAGUAGCCGUGAAACUGGGUGCAGUGCCAAAGCGGCACAAAGCCCUGGAACGCUAUGCAUCCAACGUGUGCUUCACGACGCUGGGCUCAGAGUUUGGGCAGAAAGAAAAACUGACUAGCAGAAUUAAGAGCAUCCUCAAUGCCUAUCCUUCAGAAAAGGAGAUGCUGAAAGAGCUGCUUCAGAACGCUGAUGACGCGAAGGCCACAGAGAUCUGCUUCGUGUUUGACCCUAGGCAGCACCCAGUGGACAGGAUAUUUGAUGAUAAGUGGGCACCCUUGCAGGGGCCAGCACUGUGUGUGUACAACAACCAGCCUUUCACGGAGGACGACGUCAGAGGGAUCCAGAACCUGGGCAGAGGCACCAAGGAAGGGAACCCUUGUAAGACUGGACAGUACGGGGUGGGGUUCAACUCUGUGUAUCACAUCACAGACUGCCCCUCCUUCAUCUCUGGCAACGACAUCCUGUGCAUUUUCGACCCUCAUGCCAGGUAUGCACCGGGGGCCACGUCUGUCAGUCCUGGACGCAUGUUCAGAGACCUGGAUGCGGAUUUCAGAACUCAGUUCUCAGAUGUUCUGGACCUUUACCUGGGAACCCACUUCAAGUUGGACAACUGCACGAUGUUCCGGUUCCCUCUCCGUAACACAGAGAUGGCAAAGGUUUCGGAGAUCUCAUCAGUUCCAUCAUCAGACAGGAUGGUCCAGAACCUUCUGGAUAAGCUGCGGUCAGACGGGGCAGAGCUGUUAAUGUUUCUUAACCACAUGGAAAAAAUCUCUAUUUGUGAAAUAGACAAAGCCACGGGUGCCCUGAACGUGCUGUAUUCCGUGAAGGGCAACAUCACUGACGGGGACCGGCUGAAGAGGAAGCAGUUUCACGCGUCUGUCAUUGACAGCGUCACAAAGAAGAGGCAGCUCCCAGACAUCCCAGUGCAGCAGGUCACCUAUACCAUGGACACUGAGGACUCUGAGGGGAGCCUCACCACCUGGCUCAUCUGUAACAGAUCUGGCUUCUCCAGCAUGGACAAGGUGUCCAAGAGCGUUGUGUCAGCGCACAAGAACCAGGAUAUCACACUCUUCCCUCGCGGGGGCGUGGCCGCCUGUAUCACCCACAACUACAAGAAGCCCCACAGGGUCUUCUGCUUCCUGCCACUCUCUUUAGAGACGGGGCUCCCGUUCCACGUGAACGGCCACUUUGCACUGGACUCGGCCCGCAGGAACCUGUGGCGGGAUGACAAUGGGGUUGGCGUGCGUAGUGACUGGAACAGCAGCCUGAUGACGGCGCUCAUCGCGCCCGCGUACGUGGAGCUGCUGGCCCAGCUGAAGAAGCGCUACUUCCCCGGCUCCGACCCAACGUUGUCGGUCCUGCAGAACACGCCCAUCCAUGUUGUCAAGGACACACUGAAGAAGUUCCUGUCAUUCUUCCCCGUCAACAGGCUGGACCUCCAGCCAGACCUGUACUGUCUGGUGAAGGCACUGUACAGCUGCAUCCAUGAUGACAUGAAGCGCCUCCUUCCAGUGGUGCGUGCUCCCAGCAUCGAUGGCUCCGACCUGCACUCUGCAGUCAUCAUCACCUGGGUCAACAUGUCCACCUCAAAUAAAACCAGGCCGUUCUUUGACAAUCUACUGCAGGAUGAGCUACAGCACCUUAAAAACGCAGAUUAUAACAUCACCACACGCAAAACAGUCGCAGAGAACAUCUACAGGCUAAAGCACCUGCUCCUGGAGAUCGGCUUCAACCUGGUUUACAACUGUGACGAGACUGCUAACCUGUACCACUGCCUUGUGGACGCCAAUAUCCCCGUGAGCUACGUCACCCCUGCCGAUGUCCGGGCUUUCUUAAUGACCUUUUCCUCCCCUGACACCAACUGCCAUAUUGGGAAGCUGCCCUGUCGUCUCCAGCAGACCAACCUGAAGCUUUUCCACAGUUUAAAACUUUUAGUCGAUUAUUGUUUUAAGGAUGCAGAAGAAAGUGAAUUUGAAGUGGAGGGUCUGCCCCUUCUCAUUACCCUGGACAGUGUUUUGCAAACUUUUGAUGCAAAACGUCCCAAGUUUCUGACAACAUACCACGAACUGAUCCCAUCCCGCAAAGACCUGUUCAUGAACACGCUGUACUUGAAGUACAGCAAUAUUUUACUGAACUGCAAAGUUGCAAAAGUAUUUGACAUUUCCAGCUUUGCUGACCUGCUGCCCUCUGUGCUGCCCCGCGAGUACAAGACCAAAAGCUGCACCAAGUGGAAAGAUAGCUUUGCCAGUGAGUCUUGGUUGAAGAAUGCCUGGCAUUUCAUCAGCGAGUCUAUGAAUGUGAAGGAGGACCAAGAGGAGACAAAGCCAGCCUUCGACGCUGUCGUGGACACCCUAAGAGACUGGGCCCUGCUCCCAGGAACAAAGUUCACUGUGUCAGCCAACCAGCUCGUGGUCCCUGAGGGGGAUGUCCUGCUCCCGCUGAGCCUCAUGCACAUAGCUGUCUUCCCAAAUGCCCAGACUGAUAAGGUUUUUCAUGCCCUCAUGAAAGCCGGCUGCAUUCAGUUGGCUUUGAACAAAAUCUGCUCCAAAGACAGUGCAUUUGUCCCUCUGUUGUCCUCUCACACGGCCAACAUAGAGAGCCCCACAAGCAUUUUGAAGGCUGUGCAUUACAUGGUCCAAACCUCAACAUUUAGAACUGAAAAAUUAGUGGAAAAUGACUUUGAAGCACUUUUGAUGUAUUUCAACUGCAAUUUGAAUCACUUGAUGUCCCAAGAUGACAUAAAAAUUUUAAAGUCACUUCCAUGCUACAAAUCCAUCAGUGGUCGCUACAUGAGCAUUGCGAAGUUUGGAACAUGCUACGUGCUUACAAAAAGUAUUCCCUCUGCUGAAGUGGAAAAAUGGACGCAAUCAUCGUCCUCUGCGUUUCUUGAAGAAAAAAUACACUUGAAAGAACUGUAUGAGCUGCUGGGUUGUGUACCUGUGGAUGAUCUUGAGGUAUAUUUGAAACACCUCUUACCAAAAAUUGAAAAUCUCUCUUACGAUGCAAAACUAGAGCAUUUGAUUUAUCUCAAGAAUAGACUGUCAAAUGUCGAGGAGCUGUCUGAGAUCAAGGAACAACUUUUUGAAAAGCUGGAAGGCUUGUUGAUAAUCCAUGAUGCUAACAACCGACUAAAGCAAGCAAAGCAUUUCUAUGACAGAACUAUAAGAGUUUUUGAAGUUAUGCUUCCUGAAAAAUUGUUCAUCCCAAAGGACUUCUUUAAAAAACUGGAACAACUUAUAAAACCCAAAAAUCAAGUUGCAUUUAUGACCUCCUGGGUAGAAUUCUUAAGAAACAUUGGACUGAAACACAUCCUCUCUCAGCAGCAGUUGUUGCAGUUUGCUAAGGAGAUCAGUGUGCGAGCUAAUACGGAAAACUGGUCUAAGGAAACGCUGCAGAACACAGUCGACAUCCUUCUCCAUCACAUAUUUCAGGAACGAACGGAUCUGUUCGUGGGGGACUUCCUGAAAGAACUGUCUCUGAUCCCCUUCUUGUGUCCAGAGCGGGCCCCCGUGGAGUUCAUCCGAUUUCACCCUCAAUAUCAGGAGGUGAAUGGGACGCUCCCCCUCAUCAGGUUCAGUGGCGCCCAGGUGAACCCAAAGUUCAAGCAGUGUGACGUGCUGCAGCUGCUGUGGACGUCCUGCCCCAUCCUCCCAGAGAAGGCCACACCCCUGAGCAUCAGGGAGCAGGCGGGGAGUGACCUCGGCCCCCAGGAGCAGCUGGAGCAGGUUCUGAGCCUGCUGAACGUGAACCUUGACCCCCCUGUGGACAAGGUCAUCAAUAACUGCAGGAACGUGUGCAACAUCACGACGCUGGAUGAGGAUAUGGUCAGGACCAGAGCCAAGGUCCUGAGGAGCAUAUACGAGUUCCUCAGCGCCGAGAAGAGGGAGUUCCGUUUCCAGCUGCGGGGCGUUGCUUUUGUGAUGGUGGAAGAUGGCUGGAAGCUCCUGAAGCCGGAGGAGGUGGUAAUCAACCUGGAGUAUGAGUCCGAUUUCAAGCCGUAUCUGUACAAGCUGCCCUUAGAGCUGGGCACCUUCCACCAGCUGUUCAAACAUUUGGGCACUGAGGACGUCAUCUCCACCAAGCAGUAUGUGGAGGUGCUGAGCCGCAUCUUCAAGAACUCUGAAGGGAAGCAGCUGGACCCAAACGAGAUGCGCACUGUCAAGAGGGUUGUUUCCGGCCUGUUCAGGAGUCUGCAGAAUGACUCCGUCAAGGUGCGAGGCGACCUGGAGAAUAUCCGGGACCUCGCGCUCUACCUGCCGAGCCAGGACGGCCGGCUGGUCAGGUCAAGCAUCCUGGUGUUUGAUGACGCCCCACACUACAAGAGCAGGAUCCAGGGCAGCAUUGGGGUGCAGAUGCUGGUGGACCUCAGCCAGUGCUACCUGGGGAAGGACCAUGGCUUCCACACCAAGCUCAUCAUGCUCUUCCCCCAGAAGCUGCGGCCACGCCUGCUGAGCAGCAUCCUGGAGGAGCAGCUGGACGAGGAGACCCCCAGGGUGUGCCAGUUCGGGGCACUGUGCUCACUCCAAGGCCGGCUGCAGCUCCUGCUGUCCUCUGAGCAGUUUAUCGCGGGCCUCGUCAGGAUCAUGAAGCAUGAGAAUGACAACGCCUUCCUGGCCAACGAGGAGAAGGCCAUCCGCCUCUGCAAGGCCCUCCGGGAAGGGCUGAAGGUGUCCUGCUUCGAGAAGCUUCAGACCACACUACGGGUGAAGGGCUUCAACCCCAUCCCCCAGAGCAGGAGUGAGACCUUUGCUUUCCUGAAGCGGUUUGGGAAUGCUGUCAUCCUGCUGUACAUACAGCACUCAGACAGUAAGGACAUCAACUUCCUGCUGGCCUUGGCCAUGACGCUGAAGUCAGCGACUGACAACCUGAUCUCUGACACGUCCUACCUAAUUGCUAUGCUGGGAUGCAACGACAUUUACAGGAUCAGCGAGAAGCUUGACAGCCUAGGCGUGAAAUACGACUCUUCAGAACCAUCGAAACUUGAACUGCCAAUGCCUGGCACGCCAAUACCUGCUGAGAUUCAUUACACCCUGCUCAUGGACCCCAUGAAUGUCUUUUACCCAGGAGAGUACGUCGGGUACCUUGUCGAUGCCGAAGGCGGGGACAUCUAUGGGUCGUACCAGCCAACGUACACGUAUGCCAUCAUCGUACAAGAGGUCGAAAGAGAAGACGCCGACAACUCAAGCUUCCUAGGAAAGAUUUAUCAGAUUGACAUUGGCUACAGUGAGUACAAAAUCGUUAGCUCUCUGGAUCUGUAUAAGUUCUCACGGCCAGAGGAGAGCUCCCAGAGCAGAGACAGUGCCCCCUCUACCCCCACAAGCCCCACGGAGUUCCUGGCCCCUGGUCUUCGAAGCGUCCCACCCCUCUUCCCUGGGAAAGAGGGCAUCAAGACCCCGUCUUCCAAGCAUCAUGCCCCCAAAAAGCUCAAGGCUACUUCUCUCCCAGAAAUUCUCAAGGAGGUGACGUCUGUGGUGGAGCAAGCCUGGAAGCUUCCUGAGUCAGAGAGGAAGAAGAUUAUCAGGCGGUUGUACCUGAAAUGGCACCCUGACAAAAACCCAGAGGACCACGACAUGGCUAAUGAGGUUUUUAAGCAUCUGCAGAAUGAGAUUAACAGGUUAGAGAAACAGGCUUUUCUCGAUCAAAAUUCAGACAGAGCCUCGAGGCGGACGUUUCCCACCUCGGCUACCCGGUUCCAGUCGGAGAAGUUCUCCUUCCAGAGAUUUUACACGUCAUGGAACCAGGAGGCCACGAGCCACAAAUCCGAGCGGCAGCAGCAAAAUAAAGAGAAAGGCCCGCCGCCGGCCGGGCAGACGUACUCCCAGAGGUUCUUUGUCCCCCCAACUUUCAAGACGGUUGGCAACCCAGUGGAGGCGCGCAGGUGGUUGCGCCAGGCCAGGGCCAACUUCUCGGCCGCCAGGAACGACCUGCACAAGAACGCCAAUGAGUGGGUGUGCUUCAAAUGCUUCCUGUCUGCCAAGCUGGCCCUCAUCGCGGCCGACUACGCCGUGCGGGGCAAAUCCGACAAGGACGUGAAGCCGACGGCCCUGGCGCAGAAGAUCGAGGAGUACAGCCAGCAGCUGGAGGGCCUGACCAAUGACGUCCACACCCUGGAGGCCUACGGUGUGGACAGCUUAAAGACCAGGUACCCCGACCUGCUGCCCUUCCCGCAGAUCCCCAACGACAGGUUCACGUCCGAGGUCGCCAUGAGGGUGAUGGAAUGUACUGCCUGUAUCAUCAUAAAACUUGAAAACUUCAUACAACAGAAAGUGUGAGGCAAAAACCGGGGGAGAAGCAGGGAGCUAGGUCCUGGACAUGUCGUAGCACAAAUAUGACUUGCUGUCCUUCCUUAAGACUCAUCGCCAGCAUUCAGGGAUGGUGAAGCACAUUGGGGGUUGAUCAGGUAGAAUCUCGGCCUUCUUAUUAAUGUGGAUGUCCACAGGGGACCUUGACCUGAGAGAGUAGUGUUUUAAUGCUGGUGGUGAACUUGGAAUUGCUGGAUCUGGCUGGCUGGCUGGCUGGCUGGCUGGCUGGCCAGCACCUCUUUGAACUGCACUUUACACACCAAAGCUCAGCGGUCUGUUAGAGUCCCUGUGUCUCUGGUUGGUGGUGGGGGGCGGGAGGAGUUAGUUUUGUGUUUUUAAUGUAUGCAGUAUUUUUGAAGGAGCUAAUGAAACACUGGACAUAUCAUUGAUUGAAACAAAUUAGGGGGAUUAGGUCUGUGGAGCUUUAUCAUUUCUUUAAGCAGAUCCACUUGGGUACAUUAUCAGCUGGAUCUGAUUAUGAGCCUGUUGCAGUUUUACAUACUAGAUACUCAGCACAUGUGUAACGUGGUACAGUAUUUUAUCCUGACUACUACUUGAUUGAGACUCUGCAGACAGCCCCCACUGGGGUACCCUGAGUGCCCUUCACAUCCUCUUCCUGGAGGUCCCCCUCCCUGGGCCUGCAGGCGUCCCAGAUCAUGAAGGUGGCACGCAGGAGACCCCGGUGGUGGCCCCUGUUCUCGCUGGAUGUGAAUAUUGCUUCUGAGAACUGCUUGCCAAAGCCAUGCCUGUUACCUGUGAGGGCAUUUGCUUGAUGUUUGUUUGUAAGUGUUCCCUAAUUUAUAUGGUGUGGUUGGACAGGAUGUGCUCUUCCGUUGUCUAAAGGUGCUGCACUCAAUAUUUUUUGUCCUUCAACAUGGCACUUAGUGGAGUUUUUUUCUUUGGAUUUCACUAUGAAGACAUUAAAAAAUUGUAAAGUCAUGUGACAAUAUCCAGUAGGUUAUAAAAGAGGAAUUAUCAGCUUGUGUCUUUCCCAUGAAUAAUUCAGAACUGAUGUUUAAUUUUUAUCAUGUUUGAAUGUCCUCUGAACGUUAUAUCCCUUGCAGAAUAUAAAAGAUGAUAAUUAGUUUAUUUAAGUGUGCUGGCUGUAAAUGAUGUGCAGUAUAAUAUUUUAUGCAAUUAAGGGCUUAUGGGACAUAUUACCACUUUUUUACUUGUACUGGUAAUAAGGAAUGUUUGCGCCUCCACUAUUGUAUUGCUUCUGGAUGUGAGCCAUGUGAUGAUUUCUGCUAUUAAGUGCCACAAUUUUAAUAAAGCAAAUGUACAUAUGAAA